AGGAUCGUCGUCAUGGCUGCCGAUUCGGACGUGCUCCAUUUCCGGUUUGAGCAGCAGGGCGACGCCGUGCUGCAGAAGAUGAACCUGCUGCGGCAGCAGAACCUCUUCUGCGACGUCUCCGUCUACAUCAACGACACGGAGUUCCACGGGCACAAAGUGAUCUUCGCCGCCUGCUCCACCUUCAUGAGGGACCAGUUCCUGCUCACUCAGUCCCAGCACGUCCGGAUUACCAUUUUGCAGAGCGCCGAAGUCGGCCGGAAGCUGCUGCUCUCGUGCUACACGGGGGCUCUGGAAGUGAAGAAGAAGGAGCUUCUGAAAUACCUCACGGCGGCCAGUUACCUGCAGAUGGUGCACAUCGUGGAGAAGUGCACGGAGGCCCUUUCCAGGUACCUUGAAAUCGAUGCUUCGGUCGAAGGCAGCGGCAGGUGUGCCGAGAAAUGCCACUCCUCUGACAUGGACCUGGGCAGCAGAGACAGCUACCUGGGUAAAGACUGCGAAAUCAUAGAGAUAUCGGCAGACAGCCCGGUGAGCGUAGACGAGCACAUAAAACAGGAGAAAGGGGACAUUCAGCCAGCGUCCCUGCAGGGCUUAAUGUCAGACAGGAAGGAGGCCAGUAGCCUGGAGAUAUCCACCGUGGAGAUCGGCUACAAGGACGAUGAAAUCUGCAUUUUCCAGAUGGAUUCCAUCAACGUCCACAGCGUGGACGAUGAGCCGUUUCCGCAGCCUUGCACCUCCUCGAAAACCAGCCUGUACUUCCCUGAAACCCAGCACUCCUUGAUCAACUCCACUAUGGAGAGCAGGGCGAGCGAGGUGGCCCAGUUCCAGGGCUUUGCCGGCGAGGAUCCGGAAGUCUUCCCGAACUCUGAGGGUGCGGGCUACCCCUGGCGGCACCAGUGCCCCAAAUGCCCCCGAGGCUUCCUCCACUUGGAAAACUACCUCCGCCACUUAAAGAUGCACAAGCUGUUCCUGUGUUUGCAGUGCGGGAAAACAUUCACCCAGAAGAAGAACUUGAACCGGCAUAUCCGUGGCCACAUGGGCAUCCGUCCCUUCCAAUGCAUGGUGUGCCUGAAGACCUUCACCGCCAAGAGCACGCUUCAAGACCACCUCAACAUCCACAGCGGGGACAGGCCUUACAAGUGCCACUGUUGUGACAUGGACUUCAAGCACAAGUCUGCCCUCAAGAAACACCUGACCUCCGUCCACGGAAGGGCCGGCGUGGACAAACCCGGCUUGGAUGCCAUCACGGAGGUCAGAAUAGACUAUGAAUAGAUGUUGUUUGGGAAGGGGAAUUUCUUCUUUUUUUUUUUUAAAGGGCCCGAUUUGUUGCAGGAGCAUCAAGAUUUCCCCUCGCUUUCUCCACUCGCAGGCUCCAAAUCCUGCAUGUAAAUAUACCCCCCCACAUCUAUCGAUGUUCCUGCAGGCUUUUGAAGAACUGCCGUUCUCCCCAUGAUAUUAAAGCAGCCAAGAAAGGUUGAACAAAAAGUGGUGCUUUAACUGUUGUUAUUUACAUAUUUAUAUGUUAUAUAUGAUGUAAAGAGUCUUUUCAGCCUUUGUUUUGCAACACACCCAGAAUUUUGUAACGUGCUUUCAACACAAACGUUGGUUACAUUUCGGUUUUGGAGGCCUUAACCAGAGCAUCUGGGUUGUUGUUGUUUUUUGGUGAAAACGUGCAACUUUGUCAUGUUUGCAAUAAACUGCAUCAUGGCUAAGGAUUGAUGCACAAUCAAGGCAACGUCCUUAUUAUUUUUCUUUUAACAAAGACUGGACAUGUCUUAAAAGCACUGUUGUUGGUCUACUCUUGUUUGGCAAGCUUCACAAGAAUGAAACGUAGAUUCCAUUUUCAUCGCUUCAGUCUGAAAUUCAAAUGUUAUUGUUCGUGGUCCCUGCAGGUUACAAAGUACAAUAUUUUUCUUCUUUUCUGGAAAGGUUAGAAACAUACCAUCGUCUUCAUCCAGGCAAUUCUGUGUCUUGAAGCAGUUAUAAAUGUAUACAUUUUUGUGAUAAUGCAAACAAGCUAGAUAUCUCCCAGGAAGAAUGGAUCAACUGCAGUUACAAGGGUACUCAUUUUCAAGGAAAAACAAAAAACAAAACCCUGAGAUGUAAAAUAUUAAUUGUGGAGGUGGGGUCAUUGAUUGCAUGCUUUUCCUGAAAUGCCAGUGGCAGUGGCAUAAAUGAUCAAAGAACUCAAUCCUGUCAGGUUGCUGAUAUUUUGAGAAGGUUGUUUAUAAUGUUAUGACCUCUUAUCCUUGGCUUUUUGUAAAUGUGUGUCUGCUUUUUAGUGUGCUUUCGUGUUAACAGGAGGUCCUGUUUGAUUGGUAUGCUCCCAAUGGUGUAAAAGACUCUUUCUUUGACUCCAGGUGUGUUUGUAAGCAAAUUGUGUAUGUAACACGGGUGGAGCUGCCCAGUUUUGAGAAAAAGCAUCCAUUGGCCAGACAGCUCCAGUUAUGACGUUGAGAGCUUUGAUAAUCUUGUGGCUGCUUUGUGUAGGCAUGUAUGCCAAAUUUUCCGUUUGAUUUGUAACGGGAAUAAAGUUUGCUUCUGGCUGACAGGA